UUCAGGCAGCAACUUCCUCAAAGUUAAUCUGCCUUUUAACAUCCCUGCUCAACCACUAGAUGUCCAAGUAGUAUCUGCUUCAUCGGACUCUCUGCAUGUUUCCUUUACACCUUUGUAACUCUGGAGGAGGUGUGGCCCUCAGCUUGUUUUUACAUACUGUAUGUUUCCACUGCCAAGGAAACCAGCUAAGCCUCUCCUGCGCAAAUACUCCCAGACACACAGACAAAACAUGCACACACACAGAAACACAAAACACCAAACAGGAAGACUGUUCUUGUCGACCAGAGUUGACUGGGAACCGUCAGAUUUCUCAGAAGCUUUUGAUGAUUGCAGCAUCAAGGCCUUUGAGGACUGCAGUGGGAAACUCAAUGAAAGCAUAAGGCAUGGGUGUUCCUCAUGCACCUGUUUGACUCUGGAGAAAUCAUCCAACAGCCAAGGAAGUGAUGGUUUCACACUAAUGCCUACAAGCUAACAAGUUUCAGUCAUGUUCACUCCCAGGAAAGAUAGCCUUCCCUCGCCUAGUCUGGAGGACUCCUUCUUUCCUCUCUCCUCUUCCUCCUCGGUAUCUCUGUCCUUUGCUCUACAGUCAACCUCGUCCCCCGCCAGCGGUGAGGGUGGCGGGGGAGCAAUAGAGACAGACCUGAUACUGGCUGCAGAGCUGGGACAGGCUUUGCUGGAGAAGAAUGAGGAGCUGGCAGAAACUCUACAGCAGAGAGAGAGAGAGGCAGAGGCUUUACAGCAGGAGAAGCAUGUCCUGCAGAGGAAGCUGGAGAUUAAUGAACUGGAGUCUGGGCAGAAGGAGUCAGAGCUCACUGCAGAUUUAGCUUCUCUGCGGGCUGAGUUGGAGAAAUACCACAGCGAGGGGCGGGACCGGCGAAAAGAUGAAAGCGAGCAGAUGGCUCAGUUGGCCAAUCACAACCAGAGGCUGGUGGAGCAGCUCGCUGAGGCAGUAACACUGGAGCACUCCCUGAGGACUGAGCUCCGCGCCCUCAGCGAAGAGAUGGAGGAGUCAUCUUUUAACCGAAAUAUCAGCCACACACAAUUAGAAAAUAUGCAAGCUGAGAACAGAGUUUUGCAGGAGCGGCUGUCACACAUGGAGAGACAGCUAAAAGCUUCAGAGGAGGACAGCCAGAGACUCCGUGUGGAGAGAGACGGACUGAGGGACAAACUGUCAGAGCUCCACGUUAAACUGACCGAGAAGGAAACUGAGAUAGAGCAGGAGCAGGGGGUUGUGUUUGAGUUACGCACCUUGAAUCGCUCUUUACAACAAAAAGCUCUGAAACUAGGAGAGGACAGCCUCCUGGACACUACGCACACUCGACCUUUGUCUCUACUCAGUGAAAUUCAGCAAUCACAGGCCACAAAGGCUCUCCUGGCUCACUCCUCAGCACUGCAGGCCAAAGAUGAAGAAAUACAAGCAUUAAAGGAGGAGCGUCAGUCUCAGCAAAAAGAGCUCGAGUCUCUGAGGGACGAAGUAAGGGGCUUCAGAGGCAGCCCAGAGAAGCCGAGCUACAGCUCUCUGGAGAGUGAACUGGCCAAAGUUCGUCAGGAGAAAGAAUCACUGACUCAGCAGCUUCUCAACACCAUCAAACACAAAGCGGUGCUGUCCCAAGAGCUGGAUGCCUGGCAGGAGGAUAUGCGCUUUGUCAUCAAUCAACAGGUGCUGCAAAGGGAAGGGGAGAAGAAGAAGAAAGACCAGAGAGAGAAUGAGGAGAUGGGUGGACUCCAAAGAAGCAAGUCUUUGAGAGUAAGGGGUGAAGGAAGAAAGGGAUUCUUUUCUUCUUUAUUCAAGGACAAAUAAGAAACAGCCUCCAGAUUUUGCUACUCUGUCAUUUGGCACCAGAAAAUGGACGAUAUGAUCUGAAUCAACAUUAAAUGUUUACAAAAGUACAUGUACCUUUCUGUAUGUGUGUAUAUAUGUACAGUAUAUUCAGAAUUUUAGACUUAAUAUGAAAAUAUUAAAUUCUUAAGUGAUUUUUUUACCAUCUGGAAACAGUUUUUUCUUUUUUCUUUAGAAAGGGAAACAGAUUGUUUCCUUCAGUUUUCUAUUUAAAGUUGCCUACUUCAUGCAGAAAGUAGUCAUGGUCAGAACACAGGGUCAGGAGAAGAUCUUUUUUUCUGUUGUGAAUCAUGCAAAGCAGUAUGUCAGAAAAAGAGCUAAAAAUAACCAUAAGUCCUCUUUAAAGAAAUAGUGCUGUCCAUAGAUGUGGGGAGGGAAUUUUUUUAAUCUGUUUCUAGACCUUCUGACCAGUUGUUUUUAUUUAUUAUUUUAGAUUAGUUUUAGUCACUAUCCAAUAGACUAAAAAAGAAAAUUUAGUUUAGAAAUGUCAAGUAUAGUAGUUUUAUCCUUUCCCCAUAAGUGAACGACUUGCAGAAUAAAUGUUGCUGUUCUUACAGCUUAAGCCAAAUAGCUCAGUAAGUUUGGAAUGAGAGUGUCUGUGUAUAUUUUUCUGAAUUGUAAAGAGUUGCCAAAGAUCCUCGACUUGGUUUAGGUCUGAUCUUUGACUGGGCCAUUUUAGUAGUUAUGUUUUGAUCUAAUCCAUUUCAUUGUAGCUCUGGCUGUAAGUUCAGCGUUGGUUGUUGUCCUGCCUGAAGGUGAAUCCCUGCCUCAGUCUCGAGUCUUUUGCAGCUAACAGAUAUUCUUCCAGGACUCCCUUAAAUUAACCUCAAUUUUUCCUGUCCCUGCUUUAAAAGAAAUCCCCACAGCAUGAUUUAUUUUUGGGGAUAGUGGGUUCUGGCUUAGUUUUCCACCAUACACGUUUUAAAAUGUUUGCUGUGCCCACUAUAUGGUUUGCUUCGUUAUAGCUUUUUUCCAACCUUCUUCUUGCCUCUCUUCUAUAAAGCCCAGAUUGUGGACUACAUUAUGAAUAAUUGUCCUGCUGAUAGAUUCUCCCUGAGCUGUGGUUCUUCUAUGAGUUACAUUUUGCAUGGCAACUCCUCCAGAGUUACCCAGGGCCUCUUGACCUGUCUGCUCUGUUCUUUGGUCUUCAUUAUGCUGUUUGAUCAAUAAUAUUUUCUAAUCUCUAAGGCCUUCAUUCAGAAGGCGUUAAGUUGCAUUAAUUUUAUCAAUAGGUGUCAGAAGAGGGCUUGUUGAAUUCACUUGCACUUUUCAAAGUUUUAGUUGUGAAAAAUAUUAAAAAUCAUGGUUUUCCUUCCACCUACACUACUAUGCACUAUUUUAUGUUGGUUUAUCACAUAAAAUAUGAUAUAUUAAAGUUUGUGGCAAUAAAUGUUUGAGGGACCGUUUCAGCUGAUUUUUUAAAGGCAAACAGGGGUCUUGACAUAAAUAACAUCUUAAUAAAUUGUAUCAGAAAAAAGGA